AAGCAAACAAAGCAAAUGAAACGGUUCCAAAAUUUAUGACUCGAACUCGACUCGAUGAAAUCUUUAUAAAUAUCAAUCACUCAAUUGCAAAAUAAAUAUACUAUUUACGGAUAUGGAGAACGGUGUAUUGACAAAUGGAGAGACUUCCUCAUCUCGUCCUCGAACUCCCACUCUCAAUUCCUUUUCUUUGACAGAAUAUACCACCAAUCCAUCCCCGCCAUGCGAAAGUCCCAAAUCGAAAGUGAGGAGCGUCGUCCCCCAGGAAUUUAUUCUGCCAAAUGGAUAUCCCGAUGUAAGUAUACUCCGCUGCAUUACUACAAUGAUAAUUAAUCAAUUGAAUACAGUAUCUCCGACUUAUCCUCACGUCUCGAGUCUAUGAAGUCGUAAAAGAGACGCCCCUUACCCCCGCUAUCAAUCUCAGUAAUCGAUUAGAAUGCAACGUCUUAUUAAAACGAGAAGAUCUUCAACCUGUGUUUAGUUUUAAAUUAAGAGGUGCAUAUAAUAAAAUGGCACAUUUGGAUCCGAAAAUUAGCUGGAAAGGUGUCGUUGCUUGUUCGGCUGGGAAUCAUGCGCAGGGUGUUGCGUAUUCGGCGCGGAAACUUAAGAUGCCUGCUACGAUUGUGAUGCCGGAAGGAACACCUAGUAUUAAGCAUCUGAAUGUUACGCGACUGGGUGGUUCGGUGGUCUUGCAUGGACAGGAUUUCGAUGCUGCGAAGGAGGAGUGUGGAAGGUUGGAGAAAUUGCAUGGUCUGACGAAUAUUCCUCCGUUUGAUGAUCCUUAUGUUAUUGCUGGUCAGGGUACCAUUGGUAUGGAACUUCUUAGACAAACAAAUAUUCAUAAGUUGGAGGCUAUUUUCUGUUGUGUGGGUGGUGGUGGGUUGAUCGCGGGUAUUGGUGUUUAUGUCAAGCGCAUUGCUCCGCAUGUGAAGAUUAUUGGUGUCGAGACUUAUGAUGCGAAUGCUAUGGUUCAAUCACUUGCAGCCGGAAAACGAGUGGCAUUGAAGGAAGUCGGAUUAUUUGCAGAUGGUGCGGCAGUCAAGAAUGUGGGAGAGGAAACUUUCAGGAUUUGUCAAGAGGUCAUUGAUGAUGUUAUUCAAGUCACCACGGAUGAAACUUGCGCAGCUAUCAAAGAUGUUUUCGAAGACACAAGAUCUAUUGUCGAACCAGCUGGAGCUCUUGCAUUGGCAGGACUUAAGAAAUACGUUGCGGCCAACCCAUCCCAAGAUACAUCCCGAAACCUGGUAGCUAUCGCUUCUGGAGCAAAUAUGAAUUUUGAUCGUCUUCGAUUCGUGGCUGAACGUGCAGCUCUUGGGGAACGAAAGGAAGCUCUUCUCAGUGUCAGCAUUCCUGAAACUCCUGGAGCCUUUUCUGAACUCAUUAAGGCCGUCAUGCCACAUGCCGUCACCGAAUUUUCAUAUCGAUAUGCCACAGAUACCGUCGCCAAUGUACUCAUUGGUAUUUCCCUCACCUCACCAGCAUCUCAAAGAGAUGCAGAGCUCCAAUCCCUUCUUUCUCGCAUCUCAUCAGGCGGAAUGAGCCCCAUCGAUCUUUCGGGAGAUGAACUUGCCAAAUCACACAUUCGAUACUUAGUUGGUGGCCGCUCAGGAGUACCAAAUGAACGACUCUACAUGUUCAAUUUCCCCGAAAGACCCGGUGCGCUCGAGAAAUUCCUCACAACACUGAGACCGAGAUAUAAUAUCAGUCUUUUCCAAUAUCGCAAUGCGGGAAGUGAUAUUGGAAAGGUCUUAACUGGUAUUGUAUGUCCUGAUGAUGAAGUUAAAGAUCUGGAAAGAUUUUUGCAGGAGAUUGGAUAUCCUUGGACGGAUUGUACAGAGUCGGAGGUUUUCAAGACGUUUUUGAGAUCUUAGAUUAUGAUUUAGAGUAAGAUAUGAUGGGUCAUGAUGAUGGGAGAUGAAGGCCAAGAUAUUCAUGAGCAGUGAAGAAAUGCUUUUUAUGAAUGGGGUGAUGCAUACUAUUAGCUCGGCGUUUUUAGGAUGAUUUUUCAGGCGGUUUGUUCACAUUGUAGAAAAAAAGUCCUCGGCGCGAUGACUUUAUAUCUUGCGUAGUAGGUAGUAUAUAAUGAAGAUAUUGUAGAAUCUACGAGUU